UGAAGUGAAAAAAACGAUUCCGCUAUUUUGGUAGUUUAGCCCGAAUGUGCCUCCAAAAAUGUGAGUACUUUGAGGUUAUGAAAACUCGGAAACGGACUUUUCUUUGGGUGCAUCCGGCUGCACACCAUGGCGGACUGUCGGUCUCUGUCGGAUGUAGAAGUCCUGGCAAAAAGGGACUGUCGCGGUUUCCGCGGCUCUUGUUAUUGUAGCUAGCGUUCGCUACGCUAGCCGUCGCCGCUGAGCCGUCCUCGCUCUUGUCAUAACCGCUGUCGAUUCAUUGCUGCGGGACAGGAAGUCAAACCGCAAAACAACACAAACAAGGUGACUGUGGAGCGAGCGCCGCACACAAACAGCAGAGCCGAGAAAUGUAAACGUUACGCUUUUUACGUUAGUGGCCUCGGCCAGCUUUACGGGAAUGGUUGUAGUGCACGGAAUGCUAACGCUUUUCCCCGCAAGUUUGAAGGUAAACACUCUCAGCUGCAUGCUUUAUUACACGAACCCUCUCAUUAAAAUGUUACUACGCGUUCAGAUUAGAUUACACACCUAACGCUGGCGUUAUUGAUGUGUAAAUAUAGUAUUGUGAUGGUGAUGGAGCAGCAUGUAGGAGUCGCAGAGAUGGUUAUUACUCUGUACAGCACGUCUGUCUGAGAGCUGUAAUAAAGAAAUCAUGUCUUGCAAAGCCGCAACCAAGGACAAGAAGUCGAGCUUCAGCAAGAAGCUGUUCAGGCGAGGCUCAGUGCGAUCUGUGGGCAGUUUUAUGAGCAGAUUCCUGAGGACACUGACAGCCUUAUCACACUUUGGAUCUGAGGUGCCAACAGAGGAGGACAAGGAUGAUGGAGGGUUUUCCACUUUCAAAUCUGGGAGUAAAGAUGUGCCCAUGGACGAUGGGGACUUGGGGGCUCUCCUUUGUGGGGACAGAGUGCCUGGAGUGUCAGGUCUCAAAAACCAUGGGAAUACCUGCUUCAUGAAUGCAAUCCUGCAGUGUCUCAGCAACACUGAACUCUUCGCUGAGUACUUGGUCCUGGAGCACUACAAAGACGAGGAGGGGGACGAAGACAAGCCGAAGACAAAUGGUGUGCAUCUGCAGAGGAAAGGUCCUCUGGCCAAAGGAGAGGUCACGGAGCAACUGUCAGGACUUGUCCGGGCUUUAUGGACGUUUGAGUAUACACCACAGCAUAGCAGAGAAUUCAAGAAUGCAGUGUCAAAAAACGCCACCCAGUUUAAAGGGAACGCUCAGCACGAUGCUCAGGAGUUUCUGUUGUGGCUGCUGGACAGAGUACACGAGGAUCUCAACAUAGUGAACCCUAACAGCAGGCCUCCUGUAAAGCCCCCUGUUGAAGAAGAUGAUCAAAGCAUUGAGGGGCCUUCUCCUCCUCUCUCUGCUGGGUCGUUCGUACAGGAACUGUUUCAGGCUCAGUACAGAUCCUCUCUCACCUGUCCACAUUGCCAAAAGCAGAGCAAUACAUUCGAUCCCUUCCUUUGCAUCUCUUUACCCAUCCCACUACCACACACACGGCCCCUGUAUGUGACUGUGGUGUACCAGGGGAAAUACUCUCACUGUAUGAGGAUUGGAGUAGCUGUUCCCCUCAACAGCACCGUCUAUCGCCUCCGAGAUGCUGUGUCACGCGAAACCAAGAUCCCACUGGACCAGUUCGUCUUGACUGAAAUGUACUACGAUGGCUUCCAUCGUUCGUUUUGUGACGACGACGACGAUCUGGAUAUCAUUCAAGAGAGCGAUUCCAUCUUUGCCUUUGAGACGCCAGAGACCUUCAAACUGGAAAACAUACGCACAAAACGAGGAAGCCUCCUCGCAAACCUGAAUCAUAACAACUUGAAGUAUGGGACUGAAAUCAGCAGGACGCCGUCUUUCAUGCAGGGGGCCACGACUCCUGUAACUGCAUCACCUAAUAAAAACCUGGGACCAGAAAAAAUUAUCCUAUUGGUGUGCAACAGAGCUUGUACCGGCCACCAAGGAAAGAGGUUCGGCCUGCCUUUUGUACUGUACAUGGAGCGCACUGUGACAUGGGAUGGACUCCAAAAAGAGAUCCUGGAGAAAAUGCGUCAUCUUUUGAGGCCUGGCGUCUACAUCCAGGUGGGACCAUUCAGUCUCCGGGUGGUUGGCGUUGUUGGUAUAACCUACCUCCUCCCCCAAGAUGAGCGACCGCUGUGCCACCCAACCGUGGAAAGAGCGUACAAGUCCUGUGGACAAGGUGGACCACCACAUGUGAAGAUUGUGGUCGAGUGGGACAAAGAGACCAAGGACUAUCUGUUUGGACACACUGAGGAGGAGUACAUUCCCGAUGCCGAGAGUGUGUAUCUGCACAGAGAACAUCACCGCCAGCCGCAGGCCUGCACCCUCGCUCAGUGCUUCCAGCUCUACACGAAGGAGGAGCAGCUGGCCCCAGACGACGCCUGGCGCUGUCCCCACUGCAAGCAGCUGCAGCAGGGCCGCAUUAAGCUCAGCCUGUGGACGCUGCCGGAUGUACUCAUACUGCAUCUCAAGCGGUUCAGACAGGAGGGCGACCGGAGGGUGAAGAUGCAGAACAUGGUGCGGUUCCCAUUGAUGGGCAUGGACAUGGCGCCUCAUGUGGUAAAGAGGAGUCAGAGCAGCUGGAGUUUGCCUUCCCAUUGGUCGCCAUGGAGAAGACCCUACGGACUGGGAAGAAACCCCGACGACUACCUAUAUGACCUGUACGCUGUGUGCAACCACCAUGGCAACAUGCAUGGAGGCCAUUACACCGCUUAUUGUAAGAACUCCAUUGAUGGUCAGUGGUACUGCUUUGACGACAGUGAAGUUUCACCAGUAGCUGAUGAUGACGUGUGUCAGCAGACGGCCUAUAUACUCUUCUACCAGCGGAGGACCGUUAUUCCUUCCUGGUCAGCCAACAGCUCUGUUGCUGGUUCCACCAGUUCAUCCCUGUGCGAUCACUGGGUCAACAGGUUGCCUGGCAGCAGACCUGCUAGUUUGGCCUCCGGAGCCUCGUCCAGACGCACCUCUCUGGCUUCUCUGGCUGAGUCCGUAGAGUUUCCCGGUGAACGCAAUGAGGAUGAUGGAGGAUUCUCUAUUCGUCCUUUUGUGAGGAGCAUUCAGCGUCAGAGCUUGUCCUCCCGCUCAUCCAUCGCGAGUCCCUUAGCCCUCAGCGACAGUGGGAUAAAGCCUUCUUGGUCUCUCUCUGCGAAGCUGCAAAUGAGGUCAAACUCCCCCUCACGGUUCUCCCUGGACUCUCGAUGUUCACCUCCACUGGAGAGGAUAGGAGAGGCCUGCGAUGACAAGGUAUCCACAUCCUGUUUCGGCAGCUACAGCAGACACGAGCGCUACUUUGGCAGCAGGACUCCAUUGUCUAUGAUGGAGAGCAACGUCAGUGACCAGGACAAUAAUAAAAGGUUCUUAGAUAUGAUUUACUGCAGGGCUCCCACUCCAGUGGAAAAGAAGAGCAGCAAAAAUGAGCCAAGUGAAAACAACAACCAGAUCACAGCUAUAGACCAAAACGUACUACCCGCCCAAGCAACUCCCUCCAAAGAACAGAAACGCAAGAGCAGUAUCGGAGGAUUUGCCUCAAAGGCAGAAAGCACAGGUUCUGCGAAGAGCUCCAGCAAAGUGGAGCAAGAAAAAACAUCCAAAAAACGUUUGUGCUCCGCCCAUAAGCCCGCCGCCUCUGAGACGUCUUCCAGUACACCUGUGAAAGGCAAGAAGUUAACCACGACUAAAGAGAAUGGUGCAAAUGUAAAGAAAAGCACCUCAACACCCAGCGGGACUCCCUCCAAAACAAGGGAAGCAACUAAGCUUCAAGAAUCAACACCGCAGCACAAGCCAUGUGUCCGUUCCACACCUCAAUCGUCUGCGUCACCCUCACCUACUGCAAAGAAGAACUCCAGUGUUGCAGAUAAAAGCACCACGAGUAGUCGUAAACGACUGGUGGAAAGGAGCUUCAGCAAAGAUUCUAUGCACACCAGCCCUAUGGCCAACAAUCUGAGAGGCAGCUCAGUAGCUCGUCCUUCACUCUCCAAAAGCAGUGAAGGCAACCGUCUUGAAAGGAGAUUUGUGAGGAGUUCAAGCAGCAGCUCUUCUGUCACGAGCCUGCGCUCGCCGAGCGUGUCCAACAGAGACCUACAGCGCAGCAGCAAGUCCGAGGAAAAAGGGCUGUCUUUCUUCAAGAGCGCCCUUCGACAAAGGGAAAGCCGCCGGUCGGCUGACUUGGGAAAGAGCACCCUGCUCGCUAAAAAGGCCUCAGAGAGGACGUGCAAGCAGAACGGACAAGCCAAGGACAACGGUACCGAUAACGCAAAGACAGGAGACGCUGUGUCUCCACAGGCGUCUACAGAUACCCGCGGAGGUGAGACAAAGUCAGAGACGAAAGAGUCUUCCAAACCCCCCAGCUCUCUCAGUCGCACUCUGUUAAAUGUAGGCAAGUCCAAGUCUUCCACUUCUGACCUAAGUCUCAAGUCUCCCACUAACGGGAAGAAGCCCCUAGAAAAGAAGGCGUCUUCCCGGAAGCUGUCAAGCAUGCAAUCUCCUGCACGUACAACACAGAGGCCUCAAUGAUACAUAUAUAUAUACACAUAUACAUACAAAUCCAUUAUAGGAAUACUGAACAUACAUUUUGCAGCUAUUUUCUUCGUGCCUACAUUUCAGAGAGCAUUCGACGUAUUUGUUCAGAGACACAUGCAAUGUUAAGGUUCUGUACGAUGGAUCUAACAAUAGAUGUGUAGGAGGGUUAAGAUAUUUUUUUUUUUUUUAACUAUUGGGUUUUAUCAGAAUCUGAAUGAGUUAUUCUUGGCGAUUUCUGCUAUGGCGAGUACAUCAGCAUGGCAUAAUAUGCAUUCAGCAGCUCAGCACAACCAGUUUGAUGGUAUUUAUACGCGGCCUGUAUGACAGCUGACAGAAUUUCCCCCGUUGUAAUCUUGCAAUCCAAUUACAUUUCCUUCAGACUAGAGGCUUGUUACAUGUUUAAAAAAAAUAUUCAGCCGGAGAAGGCUGAUUUAAAAUGCAGCAUCCUAUUGAUUAAAAGUAGUGGGAAUGAGAGACAUGUUAACCUUCUUCGCAUCAACACUGCAUUAUUAGUCUUGAGGUACUUUGUAUAUGUUUUAUAGAUUUUAUAGACCUUUUUCCCCCCAACAUAGAUGUUGAUGCUUAAACCUCGUUUCUGACGUCAGUUGGUCAAAGAAACCAGGAAAAUACUCACAUUAAAGGAGGUUGAAGUCAUGGAACCUUUUAAAAUGAAGUGGUUCAUUUAGUCGUGGAUCAGUCAUCGAUUAUUUGUUGCAGCCUUAACAGAAACACAACAUUGAUAAUGGUCUCUUGACAAAUACUGCAGCAGAGUCGAUAUAUGCUCUCCCUCUCUCCUCUCUCACACACAUGUAAACACACACACACACACACAAAAAAAGAGUUUCAUUCCGAAAUAGUUGUGGCUAAAUGAUUAUGUACUUUUCAUUGAUUGUUUUCAGCCGAUCAGAGUUUCUUUCUCCUCACACCUUGUGACGUUAGUACGAUUGUUUUUUGUCUAAAGCUGCGGAAUGUGUUUGUACUCGAGUACAUUCAUGUCUGUCUGGAAAAGUAUCGAGGAUCAGGAUAUGGAUUAUUAUUAUUAUUAUUAUUAUAACCAUUAAAUGAAUAGUUGCGAUGUAAUAUAGAAGGUCCCCUUUCCCCAAAAAGGGGGUAAAAAAAAAAAGUCAAUCACAACGAUCGGUACAUAAAUUGCGACAGAUUUUUAUCUUUGUUUAAUACUAGUACCUUUUCAACAGAAAUGUAUUUUUUAUUAAUUUCUUACAGAACUUUCCUAAUUUCCCCUCAAAAGAGAUUAAGUUUUUUGGAAUGAAACCCUUUAAGUUAAGCAAAAAUGCAUCCACAUAGAGUAUAGAUGCAUUGGUACAGAUAUGUACAUGGAGAAGUAUAUAGCCCAUUUAUUUUCUUUUUUCUUCCCACGAGCAACAUGAAAAUGAUCUUAAGCGCCUUUCAAAUACUGUACAUGGAAACAAAUAAUUGCCUUUGGCAACAUAGUAGUCUACUACUGUAUGCAUCACUGAGUAGGAAUGUUGUGUUGUUUGCACUUUGUAUAGAUAAAGUAGUUUUCUCUUACCCUCAACAAUUAUAUAUAUAUAUAUAUAUAUAUAUAUAUAAGUAUAUAUAUUACACACAUGCACACACACACACUAUCUUAAUGUAAGUAUCCCAUUUUUAAACAUGGUUGUACAUGACUUCAAAAACAGACCGUGUACAAAAAAAGUGGACGUAGUUUUCUGGUUGUGAAUGAACAAUCUAUUGAAUAGCCCCCAGGGGGCGAUACCGCUCCGUUUGGAAGUCUGAGAAGACGAGACUGUUUCCUCACUUCAUUUAGUUCAGACACUCUCCUGACAAGGUCAUUGUUUUAGCGCUUAAUCAUCAACAGCACAUGAUGUCAUCUUGUAAAUAUGUUUUUUCCCAUUUAGAGGAAACAAGUAAUGAGUGGACACCGGUGUGAUUGACGGCUUGUGCCGGUCCAAUUUGCAAAAUCGAGAGGCUUCAACCAGAACACUACGAUCACUUUUGUUUUAAAUAAAUGAUCCAUGUUUUCAAAACAUAUCUUAAAAAGUAGAGUCAGCAGGCCUUAGGCAUGGAAUGGUGAGAGGUAACAUUCAUUUCAAUGUUUCAGGAGACUUUUUUUAAAAAGAGGGGGUGGAAAAAUAAUAAUCACCUCUUCAUUCUUCCUGGUGCUGUAACAGACCACUGCUCCUCCGGCACUGACGUUUCUUACCAUGUUUUCUAAAAAAAAAUGUUCAGAACUGUGACCACAUAGACUUCAGUGAACCUACGAAACCAACCAAGCGUUUCACACAAUAACCUGUGGUACCUCCUCGGAGAGGACAACGCGUUUUUUACAGUUAUCGUUUCUUCAUCAGGCUGAAACUGAAUGUUGAUAAUGAGCCAUUUUCAUUUGUUAUAUUAUGAUCAAUGAGCCGCUCAAAUGCUGGCCCACUAUCCGGUGCUGUAAAGACACGGGCUCUAUUCCUUUAUGCAGUAUCAGAGUUUCAUGUCAUCUCAGCUGCUGCGAUGUCAGCCACCGUUUGAACAGCUCAACCGUCGUAGAAUUAAUUGCAAUAUUCACACGUUAGAUACCAGCAUCGUGUAUGUUGUCAGUGAAAGGGUGUGGGUGAGCUCAUUAGUAAGCGGGUUUUUAAUUUAAGAAUUGAUCCUAUUCUUAAAUUGAAUUACAUAUCGGGAGUCUUUCUGUUUCUCUGUAGCAUAUUGCAGGUUUACAUUAGUCCUCAGAGGAAAUGCCACGCAGUUUAAAGCUUUAAGUUUGUUAUUUUUAUGGCAUGAGCGGAUACUAGCGUCAUGUGUAACGUAAUAAUACGUCGGCAAUAGACGGACAGCAAGUUGAAAACACAUUCACAUUCUGGCCAUGCUGAAACUGACAGUCUAGCUUCAUCACAAGACUUUUCUCUUACCACAUUCGAGCUCUAGUUUGUCCUUAAAUGUCAUUUUUAAAGAACCUUGUUUCAUAUGAGAUGGUACGCAGAGACAAUCAGCAUCUUCAGAAGAAAUGUACAUAACGUGUAGAGGUAGAGAAAUUAAUCAGGCCUAUAUUUGCCCUUAAUUACACAUUUUUAUUCUU